CUGCGCGCGCAGCCCAGGAAAUCUCGCGAGAGCUAGCGGAGGCUGCUCUUGGGUGCAGGGAGCCGGCGGGGUGUGUGGAGUUUAACCCUGACUGCGCGGCCAUGGUGCAGUCGCCGUUUCACCAGUACUGGGACAUCCCCGACGGCACCGAGUGCCACCGCAAGGCCUACGCCAGCACCAGCAUCGGUGGUGCCACUGGCCUGAUCAUCUCCGCCUACAGCAUCUCACUCAAGCCCCCAGGCUCCUUCCUGGAGGGAGUGGCAAGGACAGGACGAUACACAUUUACCGCAGCUGCCAUCGGUGCCAUGUUUAGCCUGGCCUCCUGCGUCAGUGCCCAGGUCCGCGAGAAGCCCGAUGACCCCCUGAACUAUUUCAUUGGAGGCUGCGCCGGAGGCUUGACCCUGGGAGCGCGCACUCACAGCUACAGGAUCGGAGCAGCCGCCUGCGCAUACAUGGGCACGGUAGCUGCCCUGGUCAAGAUCGGCAAGCUGGAGGGCUGGAACGUGUUCGCAGAGCCCAGGGUGUGAGCUCACCGCCAGACCUUGGGCAGGUUGAAGUCAUCCAAAUAUAAGUGCUCUGUGUA